CGACAGAAAGGCUCAGUGGCGGCGGCGACGCGGCGGCAGCGUUUUCUGCGGCCGACGGAGGUGGAAAGGCGGGAGCCGCGGCGGUCUCCUCCGGUAGCGGCAGACUCUCUGAGGCCCGCCUUCCCCUCCCUGCAGUAUGGCUGCCACAGGAGAACAAAGCAAAUUUACCCAAACAUUGUAUGGAACUCCUUCUUCAAGCAUAGCCAUUGGUGGGAUGGAUCCCUCUCAUGCUUGUAGCAUUCUCCAACAGCUCAAAAUGAUGUACGAUGAAGGACAACUGACAGAUAUUGUGGUAGAAGUGGAUCAUGGGAAAACAUUUUCCUGUCAUCGAAAUGUCCUUGCUGCAAUCAGUCCUUACUUUAGAUCUAUGUUCACUAGUGGCCUUACUGAGAGUACCCAGAAAGAGGUUCGGAUUGUUGGUGUUGAAGCAGAAUCCAUGCAUUUAGUACUGAACUAUGCAUAUACCUCCAAAAUAACAUUGACAGAGGCCAAUGUCCAAGCUUUGUUCACUGCAGCUAGUAUCUUCCAGAUCCCUUCCAUUCAGGAUCAGUGUGCUAAAUACAUGAUCAGUCACUUGGACCCACAGAACUCCAUUGGGGUGUUUAUUUUUGCUGAUCACUACGGACAUCAGGAAUUGAAAAUCAGAUCGCAAGAUUACAUUCGUAAAAAAUUCCUGAGUGUCACCAAAGAACAAGAGUUUCUCCACUUGAGGAAAGACCAACUUGUAAGCAUACUGGACAGCAACGACUUAAAUGUUGAUAAAGAAGAGCAUGUCUACGAAAGCAUUAUAAGAUGGUUUGAGCAUGAGCCUAGUAAAAGAGAGGACCAUCUGCCAGAAAUUUUUGCCAAAUGCAUUCGUUUGCCCCUACUGGAUGAAGCGUUCAUAGAGAAAAUCCCUCCCAUGUUUGCACAGGCUAUAGCCCAAAACUGUGUAGAGAAAGGACAAAACGGUGCCAACGGCUAUACCCAGAGGCUUGGAAUGACUGCUUCAGAAAUGAUCAUCUGCUUUGAUGCUGCCCACAAACACUCAGGAAAGAAACAAACAGUGCCUUGUUUAGACUCCAUUACAGGGAGAGUUUUCAAACUAUGCAAACCGCCUAAUGAUUUAAGAGAAGUUGGGAUUCUUGUCUCACCUGACAAUGACAUUUAUAUUGCUGGAGGAUACAGACCGAGCAGCAGUGAGGUUUCCAUAGAUCACCGAGCAGAAAGUGAUUUUUGGAUGUACGAUCACUCCGGCAAUAAAUGGAUCCCUAAAGCUCCGCUGCUUCGUGCCCGGAUAGGUUGCAAACUGGUUCAUUGCUGUGGUAAACUGUACGCAAUAGGCGGUCGAGUUUAUGAAGGAGAUGGGCGCAACUCCCUGAAAUCUGUGGAAUGUUAUGAUGGCCGAGAGAACUGCUGGACAGCUGUUUGUCCGAUGCCUGUAGCAAUGGAGUUUCAUAAUGCUGUGGAAUAUAAAGACAGUAUCUAUGUUUUACAGGGAGAAUUCUUCCUCUGCUAUGAUCCUCGAAAAGAUUAUUGGGGUUUCUUAACUCCGAUGACUGUGCCUAGGAUCCAGGGUUUGGCAGCUGUCUACAAUAACUCUAUCUACUACAUUGCUGGAACCUGUGGAAACCAUCAACGUAUGUUUACUGUAGAGGCUUAUGACAUUGAAUUGAACAAGUGGACUAGAAAGAAAGAUUUCCCAUGUGAUCAGUCCAUUAAUCCAUAUAUUAAACUUGUUGUCUUGAAAAAUAAACUUCAUUUGUUUGUUCGAGCUACUCAAGUCACAGUUGAAGAACACAUCUUCAGAACCAGCAGGAAAAAUUCUCUUUAUCAGUAUGAUGAAGCUAAUGACCAGUGGCAGAAAGUGUAUGAAACUCCAGAUAAGCUUUGGGAUCUUGGACGUCAUUUUGAAUGUGUUGUUGCUAAAUUGUAUCCACAGUGUCUUCAGAAAGUUAUUUGACUCCUCUCCCCUCUCCCUUUCAUUGGUAAAAGGCCUUAGUGACUUUGGUGUUCCAUUGCUAUCAGAAACAGCUGUUUUUAAGGAAAAAAUCAUUCCCGUCAGUAUUUAAUGUGAGCUGAACACACACCCAUAAUUACACACACAUACAUGUGGGAAUGGGUGCUCUUUAAAGGUUGCAGUGGGGAGAGGGAAUAGUUUAAGUUUUUAGUGGAUGUUUUCUUGUAGAUUAUGGAAUGGGUUACAAAGUGCAAUUAUCAACAUUUUCUCAUUUGAUCAUAUUCUAGAAUGACAGUUUGACUAAAAGAAAGAGUAGAUGGAUUGGGUAACUAUGCACUAUAAUGAGAAUAGGAAUAGGAAAGGUGAAGAGAUCAAGCUUGAAGUGAUUUUUUUGUUUAAAAUACGGGUAAAAUCUGAGGCAAUAUUGAUGGGUUGCAAUUUUCGAUUUGGUGACAGUAAAUAAAAAAAAUUUACCCAGCCCUCUUCCAUUUAUUGAAAUGGUACUGAAAUAUUUUAAGUUUCUACACUCCGGUAAGUUGUGAAAGUUCAGGAAAAUAAUGUAUUUCAGUGAAGAAAAGGUGACAUAAUCUCUACAUAGUACAAAACUCACAAGAUCUUUCUGCAAAUUUGAAUGUAUAAUUACUAUUUAUGUGCAGUUGUUUACAGAUUCAAAGUAAGAUUAUUAUGAAUAUGGGAGAUUUGGGUUUUUCUUUAACCAAGUGCAUUGUAACAUUUCCUUUGGCAGAAAUAACAGAUUUGCAAAUAUUUUCUUUUGUCAGCUAGAAGUGUUUGCAUUCUUGCUUUUGGGACCCCCCCCCCAUUUUUCAUUGCAGAUUUCCUCUGGCUUGCUAUUUUUUUUUUUAAAAAAAAUCUGAAUCUGAACAACUGCACAUAAAUAGUGUGCAUUCUAAUCUGCAGAGAGAAAUUUUGGAUUUUGUAUCACAUAAAGAUUAUGUCACCUUCUCCUCACGGUUUCAUUGAAACAUACAGGGUGUUCAGAAUUGUCUAAAAUCUGACGUGCAGCUUGAAAGAAAUAGAUUUAAAGUCACCAGAGAAUACAAGUUCCCAUUUGAGAGAGAGAGAGCUGCCCUUCUUCAAAUGGCUACACUGCUUCUCUUCUGUAGAUUUAAUUUUAAGUUUAGUGGGGUCCUUAAUCUUCCAUUAGUAUUAGGAGAGCUAUUUCUGCCAAUUAAAUGUAGAUGUUCAAAAGCAGCUGAAUAUGUUAGUCACUUCAUAAAGGGCUCAAACCCAAUGGUGCUAGUACAAUUUUCAUACUUGUAAGUCCAAAAUAGGUCAAAUUGAGCUGCUAUGCAAGCAAGUUGGUAGUAUUAAUGUCUCGAGUCUUAAACACACUUGCUGCUUUUGUGCGUGGACACCUAUUUUAUUUAAAUAUAUGUUGCUGGUUCCUAUAUAAAUAUAGAUAGUCUUAAUGGCCUUUUGGAAAUAGUUCCAUUUUUGAAAGUUAACCGCUAAAGACACUUUGUUUUGUCCACUCUCCUGUAAUUUUGGCAGUGUAGCUUAAAACAGUUCUACAUAGUUGACCAUAAACUUCCAGAUAAAUGUAUUGGAAUGCAUUGGUAUAGGGUAGCUCUUGGGAGUAUGUAAUAUUGGGCCUUCUUGUAACAGUACAGCAAACUAAUGUACUUAUUGUUUCCACUAUUGCUAACUUGGCAUAAAGUUGGUGAGUUGUCUUCUCAAAAAUAUAUCCCUACCCUCCACUUCAGCAGUGUCAAAGCACAUCUGGCUCCAUUUGUUUCUGGAGUAAUGUGAAAGUUUGCACUACUGAGCUUCCUUUGUGGUCCUAGAAUAAUUAUUUUUGGGAAUCUACCAUAAAAACAUUGAAAAAUAAGAGUCCAGAACUUUUGUAUAUUAUAUUUCUACUUUCAUAUUUGAAAUAACUUAGAAUGUUUGCUUUUCUUUGUUUUGCAUCCCUAGGUAAUAUUGAGGCAUCGAGAAUGCAUUUGCUAACGGGCAAUUCUUAGAGUAACCUUGAUCCUCAAGAAAGAAGUAUACUUGACUUUCAUCUUGGUUCAGUUUAAGGCUUGUUUUAAAUGAUAAAUUGUCCUUUCUCUAAGAUGGGUCACUCCUUUUGAUCGAGUCAGAUCAAUCAACCUUUAGUUAAGAGAGCAAAUUUAAAACCACAGCUCGAUAAAUAUGGUUCACACUCCCCGGUAGAUAAAUACUAUUUCACUUGAUUUUGUAUCUUUUAAGUCUUGCACAAUAUUAUAUGUAGAAAACAUGACUGUGAACUAAAUGGACAAUAAAGCCUCAUUCUGUUACAUACCUCAUUUUCCAGAGAUUCAGCAGGCAGCUUUAUCUUUGGGCUUUUUCAUAUACCAUGCUGGAGGUACAUUAGUCUAGAUAUUGUGUGUGUGUGUGUGUGUGUGUGUGUGUGUGUUUCUUGCAUUAUUAUUAAGAUACAAGGAAUACAUGCUAGAUGGUUGCAGUUGGUACAUUACUUAGCGUUAUGAAAGGCGAUAACUUCAUUUUUAAUUCUUGCCUCAAUAGUGCUCAGGUUAGGAAACUCCAGUAAUGCAAAACUACAUAGUCUCUACAGUACCUAAUCUUGACUCCUGGUUUUUUUUGCCGCCAACUAGAGAUAGGAAUUGGUGCUACAUAUUAUAUGGUUGAAUCUAUAUAGCUUCCAUUCAGGACUAUAAGGCUGUAUAGUUUACCCUUAUAAUUGGAAAGUAAUAAUGGAAAAUGAUUCAAGAGUAGCAAAUGCUCUUUGGAUUGUUAUAGGAUUAAUUUCCAAGUUGACUUAAGUGUGUUCAACCUACAGCUCAAUAUAGUAGGGCACUAACCUGCUACUUUAGAAGUGAGUUUAGGUUUUUUUUCUACAUGAAUAAUUAAGGCUUUGAUGUCUUAAGUGUGUAGUUGCCAAGACGGAAUUUUUAAAUAAGUUAUGGUUUCUUUGACAUUUGUAUAACGCCGGUUAGUUUUCAUAUAUUUAAUUGUUUUUAUUAUUUACUUGGCUAUAUUUGUGCUGUUGUAAGCCUCUUAGCUGCAAACUUUCUGAAGCACCCUCCCCUUAAUGUUGCAUUAUUUUUUCAAAAAAAAAGAAGUGUUAUGUCAUUUUCAAAAACCUUACAAAACACAUUGCUGCUUGUUGACAAUCUUCUGUAUUAUUUAUUUAGAAGUGUCAAUCGGAGUUGAAAUUUAAGAACUUAGCUUGUUAGCAAAUGAAGUUGUCAUGUGAUGAAUAGAAAUAGAAUAUGCUGUGGUUAAUUCUGCAGUAGGUUUGCUCUUAAUUUUUGUUCUUUUAUCUGCACUAAAUAAAAAUCUUUGUCUAACCAUUCAGAGGGGGGGAGGGGAAAGGGGAGAGGCUGUGGACUACAGUGCUUGAGAGUUAAAUCUUGAAAUUUUUACCAGGGGGGUGAAAUACCAUGAGUCUUACGCAUGAAUAAUUAUUUAAGCAGUAAUAUUAACUGAGGAAUUUAGUUGUUUACAUGCUUUAAAUUAUCUAAUAGGAAUUUUCCUGUAUAAACUUGUUUUUUGAGUAAUCUAAUUCGGAAAGAACCCUGCACAGUGUGAGACCAGAUGGACAUAAGUCCCCAUAAUUAUGCUAAGCAGUUCAGAGUUGCAUUUGAUAUUUCUACUUAUAUUCUUUGUUGUUGGUUUGUUUUUUUUGUUUAUUUAGCUUAUUUUUUCUGAUGCAUCAUUCCUCCGUUUUAACAUACUUUUUUAAAACAGACACGGAAAACAUUCUCAGUUUCUAAUUCCACAAUUUGUUGUUUUAAAGGCAAAAUCCACCAAGCACAUUUGUUGCAUAUUUAUCACAAUCUUGCACUUGCCCCAUGGAAAUGGAGCGAGACUGUGCGGCUGGUUGUUUCCCAACCUGCCAAGCCGGUUCUCCUCUGUAUGUAGUAUAUGCGGUUUGUAUAAUAUCAGAAAGCUCCCAAAUCUGUUUAGAAAUGGUAUCAGAUGUUCAGUGCUCAGGUAUGUUAGUAAAGCAGUACUGUAGUCCUCUGAGGGCAAACGUGUGGAUUUUUAAACAUUUUGCCAUAAUUGCACAAUUUUGCAAUUUUAUGUAAUGUCAUGUUAAUUUUCUUACAAUAAACCUGUUGUUCAAAUGCA